GUUUUUAGCUUGAUUGAAAUGAGGAGGCUUAUUUUCAUGGGCCCCUUUUUUGACGUUUCAAAGAGGCUCAUAGAAAACUCAAGAUCUCCUUCAUGAAAACUCCCAUAAUUUUAGAUCAUGGUCGGAUAGUCCAUAAAAUGAACAUGAAUUGCCCUUAAAAAGUACCCCUUUCUAUAGAUUCAGGAAUGGACAUCCUUAACAUUGUCGUUUUUGUUCAGCUCUCCUCUGAUGUGGAAUUUAAAAUGCAGUUAAUAUUAAUCCACCAGGAGGGAAGCAUUUUAUUGACAAUGAGAGAGAGCUAUAUAAUCAGGUCUUAGGAAGGUGUUGUUAAUAAAUAAUUGAAGGGGGUAAUAUGGUUGACAUCUUCAAGUUGAGUUCAUUCAGAAUAUUUCAUGACAGCAAAAAACAAACAAAAAGUAAAGAAGAUACAUGACUGUUUAUGAAGGCUUAAAGAACAUGAGCAUCAUUUGAAAGAUGAUGGUGAUAAUUAUGGCUUCUCACGUAGCGCCAGUAUCUACGUUGCUAGGUGUUUAGGGCACUUGCUCUAGAAACUUGUCUCACAAAAUUCAGUGUUCAUGGUUAAUGCUGCCAUCAAGAAUGCUUCAUGUAUCUACUUUGUUUCUAAAACAUAGAACUCUACAAGGUCGACCUGUUGAUGGUAUCGGAAUAUAAAAGCUAUCUGGAGACUUCUUAAAUAUUUUAGAUUUGACUGGGAUGUAUCUGUCAAUACCUCAAUAGUGAAUUAAAUUGGGAAUGGAUUUACAGAGUAUAUUGAAUUAUGAAAACAAAAGAGAAAUGGUAAAUACAUAAAAUGGUAUGAUAGCAUGGAUAUUCAUUUAAUAAUAGCCUUCAAAUAACUUAUAAAUCUAUAUAUUCUCCACGAUUAAAUCCAUGGAUGCAAUGAAUAGAAUUGCCCAAUGUACAUGUUAAUGGUAAAACACGAGACAGUGAUGAAGAUAUAUACAGUGACAUGGAGGUGGAAGAAGAUUACGACGGACCGCAUCUCACGUUCCCUCUCUCCUUGGACCAGGUGGAGAAGAUGAUGGAGGAUUUCAAGGAGCAGAAGCUCCUCCAUUCUAAGUAUGUUCUCAUGGUACUCAGGGAGACAGAGAAGGUGAUGAAGACUAAGAAGAAUAUCAACAGAGCUACUACAGCCAUCGCCAAACAGAUCACAGUUUGUGGUGAUUUACAUGGGGCCAUAGAGGAUCUCUUCCUGGUAUUUUACAAGAAUGGUCUACCAUCUGCAGAGAACCCAUACAUCUUCAAUGGUGACUACGUGGAUAGAGGGAUGCAUUCUGUAGAGAUAGCAAUCAUCCUCUUCUGCUUCUUCCUCCUCUUUCCAAAUGAGGUCUACCUUAAUAGAGGCAACCAUGAGGACUAUAUUCUCAAUCUCAGAUAUGGUUUCUUGAAGGAGGUGCAAUCAAAAUAUGGUGCCCAGAGAUCACAUGCACAGAAGAUAAUUGGUCAGUUCCAGGAUUUGUUUGCAUGGUUACCAUUAGCAACAUUGAUAGAUAGCAAGAUUCUGAUAUGUCAUGGUGGGAUCUCUGAUAAGACUGAUCUGACAUUCCUGGAUAAUAUUGCCAGACACAAGUAUCUGUCUGUACUGAAACCACCACUAAAAGAAGGAGCAGAGGAGUUAACUGGAGAGGAAGAGGAUUUGAGUUUGAAGAUUGAUCUCUCUGAGUGGAGACAGAUUUUAGACAUCUUAUGGAGUGAUCCUCGGAGUCAAGAUGGCUGCCAGCCAAACACAUUCCGAGGAGGAGGGAGCUACUUUGGGCCUGAUGUAACCAAGAAGGUGUUAGCUAAACAUGGAAUAGAUCUUCUCAUCAGGUCACAUGAAUGUAAACCAGAUGGAUAUGAAUUCACACAUGGAGAUAAGGUCUUGACGGUAUUUUCAGCCUCCAAUUACUAUGAAGAAGGGAGUAAUAGGGGAGCUUACAUCAAGUUUGGUACCGACCUCAAACCUCGCUGUUUUCAGUAUCAGACUUCCGCCAAAAACACCAAGAAAAUGACGAUGAGGCAAAAGGUGAGCAUUGUGGAGGAGUCGGCAUUGAGAGACUUAAGAGAGAAGAUAGGAGCAAAUACCACAUACCUGAGACAAGCCUUCCAGAAAUAUGAUCCUGGCAACACAGGUUUCAUCACAUCAACCCAGUGGGCCAGGACUAUGGAGGAGAUCCUAGACCUGUCUAUCCCCCGGAGAACCUUGAAGACUAAACCAUAUCUUUCACAUUCCCCCAGGUUUCAUCACAUCAACCCAGUGGGCCAGGACUAUGGAGGAGAUCCUAGACCUGUCUAUCCCCUGGAGGACCUUGAAGACUAAACCAUAUCUUUCACAUUCCCCCAGGU